CAGAAGAUUUGUCCCUCCAACCUCCAACACUGCGCGGCGUGUUGAUCGUUCAAGUUGUCAGUACGUGUACGGCGAUAAGCUGUGUCGUGUCGUCGGCAUAUCAAGCAUAUCGGAGCAACUGUCUAGCGACGCGCUUUCAUUAUCAGCCGCGAUCGAAUCGUCCGCGAUAAAGAUAACGCGCUCUCGCGAAACUCUCGCGUUCGUAGUGAGGUCACCCGGGUGAUGCGCGAAUUUUGAAAGCGGGCCACAAACACAGAGAAAAACGACGCGGCGCAGUCGCGACCCGAAGACGCGAUCGCGUAACGUACUCAAUGUGCUCGCGCGUUUUCGCUCCACGGAGAAGAGUUCGCGAAUUGAUGAUUCUCGCGCCGCGAGCUACCUCCCAUUCGUGAUUCAUCAUUCGUCAUCGAUUCCCUUCGAGUUUCCUCGCUGAUGAGGGAUCGCCGACUUUCCCGACGCGCGACGGAGAUGUAAACUCGACGCGACGAGUUUUGGGGGAGACGCCAUCCGUUUUAAACGAGGCCACGUGGACCACGUCGGGAGUCAGGAAAAAUAUGUGCCAGCAUGUCCGAGGACGACGCGCAGGAAGCAGCCAGCGAGGAGAUCGAGAGACAAGGGGCUCUUUACGUGUUCCCGGGUGCGGGCCGCCCCAGCCGCGCGACGACGUCGUCGUCGACAUCGACGGCGCCCCUUCAGCCAUCGCUGUCGUCUUUUCUCCACGAUGGCGAUCACUUGACCACGACAAACACGACGAUGACGACCAGCACCACGAUGAUGGCGUCAACGUCAACAAAGAUCAGCAACGGCGACGAAGACGAGGAUGCCGUAGAAGAAGUUACCUCGCCGGCCAGAAGAAGACCCCUGCCGAAGACACACGCGAGAUCGGCGAGCCAUGGUGGUGUCUUGGCGGAUUACACGACCGGACGGCAAACCUACGGGUCUUAUCUUGGCCCGUUGACGUCUGUGGGAAGUGCCACGUCUGCGGGUCGACCAUCGGCGCUGAAGAAGCCAGGUCAUCAGAGAGCCUUCAGCCAGGGUCAGGUGGCGGACGUGACGCAAGGCCAGUCGGCCGUAACGGGACACCAUCGUGUCGGUUCCAGAACGGACUUCAUCUUGCCGCCGGGUCACAGGGAGGAGGGCAGACCGCCUACUGCCGGCAGGAUGCCUUCCUUUCGCGGUCAUUCUCGCCAGGCGUCCAGAUCGGAGUCUAUCUAUACGAUAAGACGUAGCGUCGUGCCCCCCUGGUGGAGGAGACUAUGGGCCCAUUGUUUCGGUCCAUUGCCGGAGGAGCCCCGUCUAAGAACAAUAGUGCCGAAUCAUUUAGUCUCUCCGAAAACACCGAAGAGUCAGCAUCCCAAUGGGAAUAGGGCGGAUAACAGGGUACGCACAACAAAGUAUACGAUGCUGAGCUUCUUACCUCGUAAUCUCCUGGAACAGUUUCACCGCGUGGCUAAUCUGUACUUCAUUUUCAUUGUUUUGCUCAAUUGGGUACCGGCUAUAAAUGCAUUCGGCAAGGAAGUCGCUAUGAUCCCCGUCCUGUUCGUUCUGGGAGUUACGGCGCUUAAGGAUUUCUUCGAAGAUCGCCGGCGUCUCGCCAGUGACCGGCGUGUGAACAAUUCCACCUGCCGCGUCUACGUUAGCGAAGGCGACAGAUAUAUGAAGGUGGCGUGGAAGGAUGUCAAGGUGGGUGACCUGGUUCACCUCUCAAACAACGAACUGGUACCGGCCGAUCUUUUGCUUCUGAGAAGCAGCGAUCCUCAGGGAUUAGCUUAUCUCGAUACGUGCAACCUUGAUGGCGAGUCAAAUCUGAAGCAGCGUCAGGUUGUCAGGGGUUUCCUCGAUCUGCAGGAUACUUUCCAGCCUUCCAAGUUCCGGUCGGUGGUCGAGGUCGAUCAGCCAAGUACUAGAAUAUAUAGGUUUCAUGGCGCCGUAGUGCAUCCGAACGGCGGCAGGGUGCCCGUGUCCACGGAAAAUCUUUUGCUCAGGGAAUGUGUUUUAAAGAAUACCAACUUCGUCGAAGGUAUAGUCAUAUACGCCGGUCACGAGACUAAAGCGUUGUUGAACAACGGUGGACCUAGAUACAAGCGUUCCCGUUUAGAGAAGCAAAUGAACAGGGACGUGAAAUGGUGCGUAGCGAUAUUGUUGGUGCUGUGCGUGAUCGGUGCAUUCGGAUGCCGAUUUUGGUUGUCCGCGUACAUGGGUUUGACGAUGAUACCGUUCCUACCGGUGCUGCAGGAGCCGAUCUACGAGAGCGUACUGACCUUCCUGACCUACGUCAUAAUAUUUCAAGUGAUGAUACCGCUGAGCUUAUACGUUACGAUCGAGAUGGCCAAGGUGGGACAAGUGUACCAUAUCAGCCACGACCCGGCCCUCCGCGACACGGAAACCGGCCGGAAGGCGGAGUGCCGCGCGCUGAAUAUCACGGAAGAACUAGGCCAAGUGCAAUAUAUUUUUUCCGACAAAACCGGCACUUUGACGGAAAACAAAAUGCUGUUCAGGCGAUGCGUGAUAGGUGGUCAGGAUUACUCACAUAUGGGUGACAACGAAAAUCUGCUUCCGUGCUCACGGCUUAAGGAGGACCUGCUCAUAAGUACAUUUCGACAUCGUUUACAGGAAUUUCUUAUUGUCUUGGCCACGUGCAACACAGUUGUUGUGAAUUCCCAACCGCAUUAUGAUAUCAUGAACUCUAGCGGAGUCAUCGAGGAACCUCAAAAGAAUGGAACUGGUCCCAGGAGAAUAACAGAGUCGGAUAAUUCAUUUCCGACUGUUAAUUCCCCACCGAUAUUGGUAUCUCCGAGCAAUAGAAAUGCCCGCACCUUGUCUCCAGUAUCACCAGUGAUCAGCACGGCAAAUACGUUCGAUGACACGCCAAAAUUUCCAUUUAAAUUUUCCAGGCCAAAGUUGCUGAAUGUAACAUCGAUACCAAGCCUAGGGAUUGGUUUAUUGGGACGAAAACUUUCACCGGACGGGCAGAAGAGACGUACUCCGGACUCGAAAAACAGCGACGAAUUAUUACAAAAUCCAGCAAUUUACGAAGCGGAGAGCCCAGACGAGUUGGCGCUAGUACACGCGGCGCGUGCUUAUGAUGUUAAGUUAGUGAAACGGACUCCUCGUAAUGCGAUAAUUUCUUUUCCGGAUAAGUCGACGCUCGCAUUUGAGAUACUUCACGUGCUACCGUUUGAUUCAAACAGGAAAUGCAUGUCAAUAUUGCUCAGGCAUCCUCACACCGGCGAAAUAGUAUUAUAUAGCAAGGGCGCUGACACGACGAUGCUGCCAGCGUUAUCGCCGGAUGACGAGAACACCGUCGCCUCGGCGAGUAUUCGACAAUAUCUGCAGUCGUAUGCGCGUCAAGGAUUGCGUACCUUAGUAAUGGCGAAAAGGACAUUGACGUCGCAGGAGUACGAAAUGUGGCGAGAGAAACACAACGAGGCGGAACUGGCGACGGAGAACCGUGAGCGCCGCAUACGCGAUUCGUACGCAACAUUGGAGUCGCAUUUAACGCUGCUGGGAGCGACCGGCAUCGAGGACAAGUUACAAGUCGGCGUGCCCGAGACAAUGGCCGCUUUGGUCGCCGCCGGGAUCGUCGUGUGGGUUCUGACAGGGGACAAGCCGGAAACCGCUGUGAACGUAGCAUAUUCGGCGCGACUCUUCUCACCGGCCAUGCAGCUGCUGCAGCUGCAGGCGAGAUCGAAAUCCGUUGCCGAGACGCUCAUACGCGGCUAUCUAGACUCGGCGUGCAAAGAGAACGUAAACAAUAGCCAUCCGCAACCAAGUAUGUUGACGGGUAUCGCAGAUUCCGUCGGCGUGUAUUCCAAUUACGAUUCCACCGAGAGAGAUGCCCAUAGAAUCGGCAGUCCAUGGCCACGGCAACGUGCGCUAGUCGUGGAUGGUAAGACGUUGACUGUGAUCCUGGAUCCGCGAUCGGGUCUGACCGGUCCGUUCCUCGAACUCACAAAAACGUGCUCUAGUGUCUUAGCCUGCCGCGCCACACCGUUGCAAAAGGCAUACAUAGUUCGCAUCGUUAAAAAGCAAUUAGGAAUGAGAACGUUAGCGAUCGGCGACGGCGCAAAUGACGUUAGCAUGAUACAAACCGCUGAUGUGGGUGUCGGUAUCUCAGGGCAAGAGGGUACGCAGGCGGUGAUGGCGGCGGAUUUCGCGAUAUUACGAUUUUCCAUGCUCAGCCGGCUCCUCCUUCUGCACGGGCACUGGUGUUACGACCGUCUCGCCAGAAUGAUUUUGUAUUUCUUUUACAAGAAUGCAACUUUCGUCUUCCUCGUGUUCUGGUUUCAGCUGUACUGCGGUUUCUCCGGUGCUGUAAUGAUAGAUCAAAUAUAUUUAAUGUUAUACAACUUGCUGUUCACUUCGCUGCCGCCUCUAGCUUUGGGCAUUUACGAUCGAGUUGCCGCGCCUCACGUGUUACUUUCAACAGCGGAAUUGUACACAAGAGGACGUCUGGGACUAGUUUAUAAGCCGCACUCGUUUUGGCUGACAAUCGGCGACGCUCUUUACCAAAGCAUCGUUAUUUUCUUUAUCACCAAAGAGAUUUAUUACGAUUCGAUUGUGGAUAUAUGGGAAUUCGGGACGACUAUUAUGACGGCGUGCAUCGUUGUCAUGUUGCUUCAUGCUGCCAUAGAAAUUAAAUCUUGGACUAUAAUUCAUAUCGGUGCCAUCUUAUGUUCCUUGGGCAUAUUCUUCGGAUUUUGCCUAUUUUACAAUGCCGUCUGCGUUAAUUGCAUGGGUUUACCCGGAUCCUUCUGGGUAAUGGAAACGGCCAUUACGCGUCAUACAUACUGGUUCACUGUAGUACUUACGUCUGUCCUCGCAUUAAUGCCUAGGUUAGUCUAUAAGGCGAUACAAUCCACCAUCGCACCAGAUGCUAUACAAAUCGUUUCACAGCAAAUUGCCGCAAAAAGCGGUAGUCAAAUUCGUCGGCAGCGUAUCAGCAGUCAAAGAGGCGAAGUCAAUUUUAUCGCUGGAUGGUCACGUUCUUCGCAACACGCUACCAUCAGGUACAUACCUGGCAGCUAUAGAAGCAAAAGCAGCGCUCUCACGACUAUCGUUGCAUGACAGGUACAAUCGGAUUGUAGUGAAGCGUGUCCAUCUCAUUAAUUCGGGAAGUCGACUUUAAUCGCCGCGAAGGAAAAAAAAAACGAGAGUUCUUUACCUCUUGCGAUCCUUUUCGAGCCGUGCAUUCCUUCAUCGGUUAAGAGAGGAUUUUUUUUAUCUUUUCUGAAAAUCGUUUACACUGACAACCGUGAUUUACUAUCUCUGAUUCACGACUCCUUGCAAAUCGUGGUUGUAGCUAUAUGAUGUAGAUACGCGAAAAGGAAAGCUAAUUAAUCAUGGUUGAUGCAGCCGAGCAUGAAAAUUCACGCUCGUCGCUAUCAAACUGUGCAAUAUAGAUUAUUAAGAAGCGUGGAAACACACUUUGUUGUUCGUGACGCGUUCGCUGCGCGUCCUCGUUAUCGCGAUAACGGUAACAUUUUCAUUGCCAUUCUCGAAUUCGAGUUAUCGCGACUGAAUUAAAAAUCGAGUGGCCUUAAAUCUCAGAUUGUUCGUUGCAUUUAAUGGCUGUGACUUCUAGGGACCAAGACUGUGCGUUGUAAUUGUAUCAGGCAAGCUGGAUUUGAGCAAAAGUCUCUACGCCGCGCGAUUACUACAAGUAUUUUAUUUGUAUUUUUUUCGACCUGAAACUUUUCACUCGAACGUGUAUUCUAUUUUCAAGCAGAAGACCAACGAACGGAGACACAGAGACGGAUAUAUAUCUAGAGAGAGUGUAUUAUAUAUAUAUAUAUAUAUAUAUAUAUAUAUAUAUAUAUAUAUAUAUAUAUAUACCUUCGAAAGAUAAGUGUACAAAGAUAUUAUAAAAAGAGAGUGUUAAGCAUAUAUGUAUAUACACAGUGUGUGUUUCGCGAGAGGCGCGGUUCAUCCGUUGAUAGGUAUUUUAUCAGACCGAUUUAUUUUUUAAACAAGUUUUUAGCUAAAUUAUCAUUAGAUGUUACGCGUCGUAAAGUGUAUAGAAGGAAGCAGACGCAGACGCAAAAAAUCGUAAUUGCGUUAGGUUAUUUCCUAUUUCCGGUUGAUUCACAUGCGUACGAUCAACGGAAUGCCUCAGAUAAAUUAUAAUAAAUUAAUAUGACGUUAUACACGUGCUUUGUUAUAUCUAUUGUUGUGUUAUUGCCAAUAUCAAAAAAAAAAAAUAUUGUAAGAUAUCAAUUUAGAGCUUUUAAUUUGGAUAUAUAAUGACAUGUUGAAUGUUAUAUCGAUAACACGUUGCACGUGCUAUCUCAUAGUAUUUUGAUAAUGAUCGGAUUAUCGAUGUGUUGUGCGUUUACCGAUGUAAAGCGAGUGUGUUACGUAAUUAAAAGAAAACAAAUCAACUCUCCGUUAUCUGUAUCACAUUUCUGCCAGUCAAUUGCCUUUUUACCCAAUCGUCCCUAAAAAUUUGAUCAGUAGAUCUUAUUGUUGUAUAAUUAACAUACAGUAUAUCUAUAGUGUAACUGCGCGCUACAAACUGAACCAAAUGAGAUACUUUGCAUGUAUAUAUAUAUAUAUCGUUUCUUUGUUGCAUGUACAUAGAGAUAUUUUUUUAAUAAAAGCAAAUGAAAACGUGAAUGAUUCUAAAAAAUUAGGAAUGCAAUUGACUUUCUUUAGGCAAAUCAUUUUAGUCCGCGAGAUAGUUUGUAAGUGACAGCGAUAAACAGAUUGGAGCGGUUUUAUAUCAGGAAUUGCGUAUGUAUAAAAAAAUAGCGUCUAUAAAGUGUAAAUUUGUAGUUUAGAUGCUCAUGCUUUUUUAGCACUCUUUCCUUUUCUUCAAAAAGAUAUUAAUGAUGUCACUGUGGUAUCAUAAAUUCUGCUUAUUUCAUUGAAAUAGGACAAUGAAAGCAAGAGACUUUUUUAACCAAAGAGAAACAUUGUGAAAGCGAUAUUAUUUUAUGACCAUUUUAAUCUUGAAUGAAAAUGUUAUGAGAUAUAGAUGUAGACAAAAAUUGAUUAUACUAUGUUUAAAAUGUCAA